AUGGCUGAAAUUUCUUCUAACUGGCGUUUUGAUAAAGCUGACUAUAUAAACAACACUCCUUCUCGCCGAGAUGGAAUAUCUCUUUCAGAAGAACGAAUUAAAAGAAAGAUAGGAAUGAAAUUCCUCUUAGACGUCAGCUGGAGCCUGAAAUUACCUCAAAACACAAUAGCAACGGCGGCAACGUAUUAUCAUAGAUAUUUUAUGUUGAGGAGCUUCAAAAAAUAUCAUAAAUAUGAGAUCGCGGGUGCUUGUAUAUUAUUAGCAUGCAAAACCGAAGAAACAAUGAGAAAAAUCUCCCAAGUUUCUAUGAUUUGUGCCAAAUUUGCGUCGAGAGAUCUCUCUUCGUACAUCAAAAACGAAAAGGAAAUUGAAGCAUGGUCCAAGACUAUCAAAAAAAGAGAACCGGUGGUUGCAGCUACUCUCUGCUUCGACCUAGCAAUUAAAAAACCAAAACCAUAUCAAGUACUGCUCAAUUUCUUAAAAAGUUUGGAUAAUGUUGAUAAAGAUGUAUUGCAAAAUUUUGCCACCAAUGCAUGGGCAAUAAUUAAUGAUAGUUACUUAACACCAAUGUGUCUAUUUCAAAAGCCCGAGACCAUUGCAAGUGCAGCAAUAUACCUUGCAGCGCAAAUGGUCGAUUUGCAAUUAAAUAUUAAUCCAAGUAACGGGUUAUGUUGGUGGGAAAUUACCGAUUGCAGCAUUCUUGAAUUGGGUAUUUGUGUACAAGAAAUUUUGGACUCAUAUCGCAUUCCCCGUGGAGAGAUAACGAGUCCUGAUGUUGCGAACACUGUCUCUACAAGUUCUCCAAGAACAACGAAUAAUAAUCUAAAUGGAGAAGCUUAUAAUUCGGGAUCAACGACGCCAUUCAACAUGAAUCCUCGUACAACGUAUGUAGGGACGAGGAACGGAGUUCAUACUCCGUAUGAAAAUCCCAGAAACACUAUAAUAAAUGGUGACGAAGAGGUGGAAGAUGGUCAAAUUACGGAAGAUGGUCAGAUUGUGGGGGAUAACGUAGCGACGACGGCAAACGGUAAUAUCGCCGAUGAAAAUGAAAUGGAUUUGAAUUAA